AUCUCUGGCAGCAGCAAGAGAAAAUGAGGCAGCAAGUGAAGGAAAGUCUUCUUCUGACAAGUUAAAAGACAAUAGGACAUGUCUUUGUGUUUAGUGCGCAGGAUUCACAGCACAAGAUGGACUUAUGGCCUAAAGACCGAGGGCUGCUGCCAGCCUACAGUAGAUAUGGUACAGUUCCUGGCAGAAGUCUAACACACAACUAUCCUUACAGACACCAAGCAAUCCACUAUCCUCCAACUAACCACGAGGACCACAGGGUUCAUGUCAGAGGGUCCAGCUACUGGACUUUACCUAGAUCAGGAACAGCUGCAGCUGUCCUGGACUACACCAACUGGACUGAGCCUCAGUUGCCUUCCUCUACUGCUGCUCAGCUACCUUAUAUCUUGGAUUGUCAUUCUCAGCAGGACCUGGGCAACUAUGAACCCUCUGGAGUCAGGAAAUGUGCAAUGGGAGAUUAUGAGAGAGGCUAUACAAAAGAGGGAUGGCAGAGGAGAUGGGAGGCUUUCAAGAGAGACAGCGGCAGCCACGGAGAGCUGGAAGCCUGGGCUGCUCGUUACAGCCAUUCCCUUCCAAGGAGGAGGCGUCUAGAGGUGGAGCUGAGGGGCACCUUCCAAGGUCUGUUGGAGAGCAGAAGAACUGGGAUAGAUCCUUGUGUGGCUGGACAAUGUGCAAACAUAAACAAUGUUCCAGGACAAUGGGAGAGUGCUGCACCAGAAGAUCCUAAUAUUAGCCAUUUGGUGGACGUUGAAGGACAGAUAGAACUCCAAAGAAGAAGGUUUAGCCAACCCCCUGGUUAUAUUGCACCUCCUCCCUAUAACAGUCCACAUAAAGGUUCAUCUAUGUUGCCCCAUUGUGAUUUCGAGAGAACUCACGAGAAACCAGACAGGGAUAGAAAAAACGACCUUGAAAGAAUCCCGGACCAAAGGAGCGCAGUCCACAAGGUGAUCGAAGGACGGAAGUUCAGAUUAAGAAAGAAGACAGGCGGGAUGACAAUAUUCUGUCUAGUGUCACGGACAGCAGGCCCAACAGAACCCCCGUCUUUGACACCUCAAGCAAACAUAGAGCUUGAAAACUGUUUGAGACUCAGUAGUGACAAUAACCAAAAAGUGGCAGACGAAGUAGACAAGGCACGAACAAUAAUGUCUGCCCUGACCAAACCAAAACAGAUGACACCAAACUGCAGAAAAAGCCUAACACCGGAAGAAAAACUGCCAAAGAAGGACAAAAUGGAUGAUUCCACAUUUAAAAAGCAAAGUUGUCAGUCUGUGCCAGUCAGAUAUCCUUUAUGGAGGGAGCCCAGUUUCACAAAAAGAACUCUGAAGGAUACGGAGAAUCCACUUGGCAUGGAAGUAAGAAGACUGGACAUCAAGAAAGGCCCUGAAUCGGAGGAAGGUCAAGAUCUCUUAGUGAUCGACACAACAUGUGUUGUUGUCAAAAUGGAGAUGAUUCAGUCACCCAAGAAAGAACAUGUUCACCUCUUAGGUUCCACUGACCCUCUCUUGCACCCUGAUCCAAACACAGAAUUAAACCACUUGCCAAAGAAUGGAAGCCUUAAGGAAAAGCUGUGCCAAGAUCUUGAAAAGGAAGGAACCCUUGAAAUGGACAGUGAAAACACUGCAAGGGAAUCCUUGGAGAAACGAGCCGAAAGAAUCCUUGGGCUUCGUCUCGAUGCAAGCUCAUGUCCUGACGGAUGCAGGAAGGACGGGCUCAACUCUUCCCAAGUCACCAACAAUGUAAUGAAAGGGAAGCUGCCCAUAGAGACCACUGUAAAGGAGGAGCAGUCACAAAAUCAACCGAUGUCUGAUGAUUGGAUUCAAGAGGUUUCUUGUGGCAACCUUUUAGGAUCCCAGCCGAACAUGGAAGCAGAUACUGACAGCCAACAUGAAACAGAUCAGGUUGAAACAUCCCAGGAUGCUCCAGUUGGAUACACUCAAGAGGGGGACAACUCUGAGCAGAGAUGGGAAGAAUAUCAGUUUGAUGAAAAUGGUUCAUGUCAGAUUGUCACUCCACUUCCUGUCCCAAUAAAUCCUUCCUUACCACCACUGUCUCCAGAUGACGGAGAGUCAAAUCCUAAUUUAAUAUACUCUCUUGAUUCACUUCCAAGUAUCUCAGAGUCAGAGACUGAGGAGGGUCAAGAUGCUGAGUGUGGAACUCUGGACCUAGUUGUAGAUGACAUACUUCAACAUGAAACCGGUUCAUUGCAACCAUCUCGGAUUCCCCUUGCAGACCCAUCUGUAGUAGCGUCAAAGUCCAAUAGGGAUGCUUCUGAGGAAGUUGAAGAGAGACAAACAUCACAUCAUGAAGAAGCCCUUCAGGAAUCUCCCACUGAUGGAACAGGUGAGCAGCCAUUUGAAGCUGACCGUGUACAGGUGGUAAGUGAAUUUUCUAUGGACUUUAUCGGCCAGAUGCCUGAAAUAUCCAUGGAGGCACCAACAGACCUCAACAUCCAGCAGCAGGAACAUCUUUGUGCUCAAGCAGAAGACAAGAACAAGGCAGAAGAUGAAGAUUUAGAGAGGAUAUCCCCAGAAAAUAGUCUUAGUGAAAGAGUAAUCAAAUCUUUUGAGGUCAAAGCAGAGGAAAACCUGAAUGUAAAAGAGACUAACAAAGAAUUGCCUGAGAACAACAAAGACAUGACAGAUCUUGAUGAACAGACGGUAGAGUAUCCCAGUGACAAACAAGACACCGAAGCCUUGUUCAAACUUCAGUCUCCUCCAUCACCUUCAGCCUCAAACAGCGAGGCUCAAUCCGGAGCUCGACCUCCACUACUGGGCUCAAGAGAAGGACUUUCCCCCCCUGCAGAAACUGGAUCAACUGAAAACCCUCCAGAGAUUAUCUUCGCUCCUCUUCUUCUUCCAGACUUCCUCCCUUCUUCUGAAAGUUUUCCCUUGUUGUCACCCUCUCAGUCUUCGGACUGUGCGUCUGCUGACCAACCCCAGGGAGAGGAGCUUCACUAUCCCAACUCCUUGUGGGAUGCAGUGAACCGAAUCAGGAAACACACAGCUCCUGACUCGGAGAAUGAAGAGGAGGAGGUGGCCGAGUUUUGGGACCCAGAGAGUGCAGAAGGAGAGCUGGACAUCUUUGAGGGACUGGAAGUGUCAGAGGGCACUGGGGUUGGACAAAUGCUGCGGCACCCAUGGCGUGAGGAGGACACACUUUCCUCCUGUAGCACUGGCAGUCAUGAUUCUGGGGACACUGUUAUUGUAGCAGAUGAGGAAGAGGUGGAGCAGACAGAGGAAUGUUGGAGGGGCUGUCUGGAUGAAGUUAAAAGCCAUCUUUGAAGGUGAGGAGAAGGGAAAAGGUGGCGAGUACCAAACUGUGGACGAGGAGAAGACAACCCAAGAUGAGGAAAUUAUGUAAUUCCAGUAUGAAGGAAAAUGGAUAUUAAACGGAGUGUCCAAACUUGUUCCUCCGAGGGUCUCACACAGAAACAUCUCAGCUUCAUGUUAAAGGUGACAAAGCUAAUUAGUGUAAUAUAUAAUCAUUUAUUCCAUAAUGUAUUUAUUUGUUCUUCGAACAUAUUGUGGGCCAGGAAUUGUUCCAGGUCCACACUUUGAACACCCCUGGUCUGCUCUUUUGCAAUAAAAUACACAAUCUGCAUCUGAAAUUCUACAUUCACAGAUAUAACUAGUGAUACGUGUUCAUACACACAAAUAAUCCACCAUCUUUCUCAUGCAUUCCAAUACACAAGUGGAUGAAAGAGAGUAUACCGUACAAAUCAUGUUAGAUCCAAAGUAUUGUUGUCAACACAAAAUGAAAACAUGUUUGAAAUCAGCGGUUGCAGUGUGAUGCUAUCCACUGCAUGAAAGCAAAAUGGAAAUAAAAUAUAUAAAAUCA